CCACUAAUGACCUCUCACCGAGGACGCCGUCUCUUCAUUGCCGGCCUUCUGCUGCUCGCUGUCACAGUAGCGGCCGACAACCUCGCCUGCAAUGGAACUGGGAUGGAUUGGUACACGGGCAUGGUCGGGGAGACACCUUGCACGACGUAUCAAAAGCUGAGGCAAAUAUGCAACUCCCAAUAUACUGUCGGCAUCCAGAAUGUCAACACUCCUCCCGACGCGUGUACUGAUCAACUCUCGAGUUGCUGCUGCAAUAAUGUCGCGUUUGCUCUGAGCAUGCUUUGUCUCAACUGCCAACAAAACAUUGGAACUGGGACAGGCUUUGAUGCGGGCACUGGUGCAUACGGAUUUUACUUGGGUACUUGCAGCGCCUCCAGAGGACUCCCUAAAGACAUUCAGACCGCUGUCUGUAAUCAGGGAAUCAAGAUCAACGACGACUUGUACGGGAAUGGGUGGGGUGACGGAGCAUGGUUUUAUGUCUUCACCCGCGACACAAUCAUCAAGGACAAUCUCGUAGCCAACAACAACUCUUUCACCCACUGUGCUUCAACAACCGUGAACCACACCUCAUCAAGUCUCCCCAUUUCGCAAUCGAGAACGUCCGCAAGCUCUUCGGGCACAUCGCUCCCCAAUACCAAUGCCCCGAAGACAACUAGUAGCCUUGGUGCAGGUCCUAUCGCCGGUAUUGCCAUUGGAGGACUUGCUGUCGUUGUCGGCGCUUUGUUGGCUUGGUUCUUCUGUUUCUAUAAACGCAGGCAGCCACAACGAGCAGGUAUAUUGGAGGAACCAUUAGGCGGUCGAAAUAUGAGGCAAAGGGAUAGCGUCGGCGUCCAUGACCAGAGUUUGGUGCCCACGAGCUACCCAUAUUCAAAUAUUCCCCCUACCUCUGCCCAUACACGCGGCGCAUCAGACUACUUUGGUGGUGCCCCCUCCGCUUCUGGUUUUGGUCCGCGAAGUGAAGCGGGAGGAAGCAGCUCGCCGUAUUCAGCUGCAGGCUCGCAAACAGACCCUGGCUUUGCUGGAAUAGGGGUCGGAGCAGCGGCAAUGUACAACCCAUAUGACACGCAGAGCACGAGCAGCGGAUACCCACUCACUCCCCGACGCCGCUUCCACACAGCAGGCCAAACCAGUAGCAGUGAUCUGCAUGUUAAUGAUGAAUCACCGCGACCACAAGCUGGGCUCUUGCCCAGGAAACGACCUCCCACUACACCGACUUCUGGCGAGCGGUGGGAAUCAGAAGAGCCUUUCCUUGAAGCGGACGAGCUUGAUUUAAAGCGCCCUGCAGCCCGCUCAACGAGGAGUGGAAGUGAGAGACAUCUCGAUGCCGGCCCUGUAGAUGUCUCCCUUAGUCGGAGCGCAAGUGGGCGAUUACCCCCUGCAUAUGGAGAUCAGCUCUGA